UGGUCAAGGUAAAUGGUUACCACCUUUUGUAUGAUGGUGUGGGGAGUGUCAGUCAAUAACCUGAUAGAAUAAUGAGCAAAAUCAACAAACAUUGAGACUGAAUUUUUCAUUCAAAAAACAAAAAUGGGUGCCAAUACAUCAAGUCAAUAUUUUGGUUCAUAUCAAAGUUCCGAUUCAAAAAGUUCCGUUUCAACAAUCGAUACAAUUACCGAUGUUACGUGUUCAUCAUCAAUAAGUGCCAAUAAUAAUCAACAUCAUGGAUUAUUUCUUAAUUCUAAUGAAUCAACAGUUAAUUCAUUGGGUCUUAUUUUCAGUAGUAAAGAUAGAAAAUUGAAAAAAUUAAAGCAAAAAAUCAAAACAAAAUUGAAAAAAUGUUCACAACAUUCACAAGUGUUUUCGGAAUUUGCACAAUCAUUAUCCAUACAAGAAUUAGCACAAAUUUAUAAUGAAUAUCGUGCAGCAUAUUUUAUGAAAGAAUUAUCAUUACAUGCAGAAAGUGCACGACCAAUUGCUUCAAGUAUUCGUAAUGAUCUCAGUGAAUUAUAUGAUUUAAAACAUAAUAGUGAUAUUAUAUUAAUAUAUAAAGGUGUUGAUUUCCCUGUACACAAAGCAAUUGUUUGUGUUCGUUGUCCAUUUUUUCGUGAAUUAUUAGGAAAAUUAUCACAAGGAAGUACUGUAACGGUUAAUUUGGAUAUUCAAGGUCUUCGUGUUGAACUUUUCAAUGAUUUACUUAAAUAUCUUUAUUCCGGUGAAUUGGCCGGUUCAUAUGAUUCACGUAGUAAUUCAGCAUCAUAUGAAGCAUUAAUUCGAAUCAGUCAACAAUGUGGUGUACCGAAUCCAUUAUCACAUGAUCUCAAACAUUUACUUGAAACUGGAAUUUAUAGUGAUGCAUCACUUUGUUUUCAAAUCAGUAAUAAUAAUGAUUCAAACAAAUCAUCACAACCGAAUUGUUGUUGUACAGAACAAACUGAAUUUUCAUGUCAUCAGGCUAUUUUAAGUGCACGUUCACCAUUCUUUCGUAAUGUUAUUAUUCGACAACAGAAACGAAAUUCUUCACUAAACAAAAAUACUUGUCCACAACGAAUGAAAAUCAUUUUGGAUGAAUCAAUCAUUCCAAGACGUUUGGGUAGAAUAUUAUUACAUGUUAUGUAUCGUGAUUCAGAAAAUCUAUUAAAUUUAAUACAAUCUUCUUUAUGUAAAUGUAAUCAUAAAUUAACUGGCCAAUCAUCAUCAUCAUCAUCCAAUUCAAAAGAAUCACAUUCAAUAAGUUUAGUAAAAGAAGUAAUGAAUCUGUAUGAAAUUGCCCGUUUUUUAGAAAUUGAUUUUCUUGUUCAAACCUGUGAAGAUAUGAUUAUAAAUUUUAUGAAUCUUGAUACACUUAUAUUGAUAUUGAAAUGGAGUGAACAAUCACAUGGAUCACCAUGGGUAAAACGUCAAGCAUUAACUUUUUUAAAAGAAGAAUUUUCAUCAAUAAUUUCUCAACAAUCAUUAUUAUAUCAAUUAGAUUAUAUUCAUUUACGUGAUGUAUUGAAAUCUGAUUUUAUUGAAGCAAGUGAAUUGGAAAUUUUAAAAUCAAUAAUUAAAUGGGGUGAACAUUAUCUGAUAAAAAAACAAGAAGAACAUGAACCAAAUCUAUUACUUUCACAUAGUUUAACAAGAAAAAGUUUAAAGAAAAAAGAAAUUAAUGAUUCAAAACUUCGUGAUUUAAUAUCCGAAUUGAUUGAUUCGGUUAGAAUUGGACAUUGUUUACCAAUCGAUUCUGAUUAUUUAAUGUUAGCAAUAAAAAGAGGUUUAAUACAAAUACCAUCAUAUAUGAUAAAAAAUUCUGAUGAUGAUCAAGUGCCUUCAAAUCGAUAUGCAUCAUGGUUUAGAAAUAAUAAUCAUUUUAUAAAGAUACGUUUUUUUACACAUUAUUUUGAAGAAUGUAAAUUACAACUUGAAGAAAAACUUGAACGUUCAAUUUCAUUGGAUGAAAAUAUUGAAAAUUUAUUAAUGAAUAUUAAACCAAAAUCAAAUAUGUUUGUCGAUGCAAUGCCCGAUAAUCUUUAUAUGUUGGAAAAAUUAAAUCUAGGAGCGGAAAGUUUAAUUUCUGAUAGUGAUCUUCCUAUGCAUAAUCCACAAUCAUUUCCAAAUUUUCAUUUUUGUCUAACAUCAACAUCCGAUUCAUCAUCAGCUAUUUGUUAUGAAGAAAUUGAUAAAAUACGACCUAAUUUACCGAUUUUAGAAGAAAGAAUUAUGUAUAUGAUGAAUCAACGUGAACAAGAACUUCGAACAUCACCAUUUUGUAUUCGUGCAUUACAAAUAUCACAUUCAAGAUGUGAAGCAUUACGUUUAAUACAAUUAAGGGUUGUUAGAGAAUUUGGUUUGCCUGAUUUGGCUUGUGAUGUUUUACAUUUAAAAAAUUCUCUAACUUCGUCUAAGCAACGUAAUUUUCCAAUUGAUUCAAAAGAUAAUGAUAAUGACGACGAUGAUGAUGAUAUUGAUGACAAUGACAACCAACGUUCAUCAUCAAGAUUUUCAAACAACAACAACAAUAAUAAUAAUAAUGAAAAUAGCAAUGAUAUAUUUCAAAGAAAUGCAAUGCCACCACCACCACCAAGACCUGGUACAACAAUGUUUGAAAAUCCAUCAUUCAAUAUAACCGUUAGUCAAUGUGAUCCAUUUAGUUAUCAAAGUGAAUUAAGAUUAGAAGAACUUACUUCACAAUAUGAAAUAGAAACACAGUUUUCGAGUACCGAGUCUCAUCCUACUCUUAGUGAUUAUAUUCCUGAUAUUGCAUUUGUUGGUAAAGAAAUUUAAAUCUGACAAAAAAAAAAAGAAAAAUUUGGUUUCGAAAACAACAAAAACUCAAGUGACAAUUGAUAUUUUCUCUAUUUAAUUGGACAUUAUUAUUAUG